GCUGAAGAAAUUUGCAAAGAUUUAAUUUUUAUUUCAAAAAAAUUGGGUUCUUGUUCAGUAAUUUGGAGAUAUGGAGGAAAGAGAGGGUUUGACUGGGAGUGGAGUUACAGUGGUCGGAUCAGAUGCUCCGGCGGACCACCGUAUGACUCCGGCGUCCGGCGAGAAUCCAGGCCAGGUACUACCUGGAUCAGCACAACCAGUUGUACCCAACAUGGGCGUCUCCUCAUAUCCGCCGUCCACGGCAGCCGGAACUGAAGCUCCGGCGAUGGCAGUGAAGAAAAAGAGGGGAAGGCCAAGGAAGUAUGGCCCUGAUGGCGGGGCACCCGGCCUGCCCCUUUCCCCUAAACCGAUCUCCACCGCGGUUCCGCCGUCCGUGAUUGACUUCUCGGCCGCCGCCGGCGAGAAGCGGGGGAAAAUCCUGCCGCUGGGUCCCAUCAUCAAACUCCACCAGCCCAAACUCGAUUUUGAACAUCCAGGCGAAUGGGUAUCUUGUGCUCUCGGCUCUAACUUUACGCCCCACAUAAUCACCGUCAAUGCCGGAGAGGAUGUUACCAUGAAGAUCAUUUCGUUCUCUCAACAAGGGCCUCGGGGGAUAUGUAUUCUCUCGGCCAAUGGCGUUAUUUCGAGCGUCACGCUUCGCCAACCUGACUCCUCCGGUGGAACGCUUACCUAUGAGGGUCGUUUUGAGAUACUAUCGUUGACUGGAUCGUUUAUGCCAUCGGAGACGGGCGGAAUCCGUAACCGAUCCGGUGGGAUGAGUGUAUCUUUAGCGAGCCCCGAUGGGCGAGUUGUCGGCGGCGGUGUCGCUGGUAUGUUAGUAGCCGCCGCGCCCGUUCAGAUUGUGGUUGGGAGUUUUGUUGCUGAGAAUCAAGAGGACCAACAACAGCAGAAAACCAAGAAACACAGGCAAGAGCCGCCGUUCUUUUCUCCCGCUCCGGCGUCCGCACCGGAGGCGGAAAACCACCACAAUUCCUCGGGGAAUCCCUCCGUGCCGUUGUCCGCCCCAUCCUUCCGCGGGGACCACUGGUCAAACUCGCACCCGGACUCGAGGAUCAUGCCGACCGACAUAAACGAGCCUAGCCUGCAUAAGAUGGGGUUGAUGAUGAAUACUGCAUAGAAUGACAAGUUACCCCAAGUUUUCAAAGCCUUUGCCUUUUUCUCCCAAUUAAAGUGAUUAAAAAUCUAGAGUAAAUUCUAUAAUUGGUC